AUGAGCCAUCCACAACGAGAGAGCAGCGAAAUGACCAUGGCCGUGCUGGCAUGUGGUACCAUGGGUACAGCGAUUUUGUCAGGUGUACUUGACUUUCAGCUUUCUAUGGAAAAUGGCGAUAACUCCAAAGACCUGGCCGCCACGUCGCAACAUGGCGAGAGCUUUGAGCGAGUUCCGCUCCCCAAGAAGUAUAUCGCUACUGUAGGUCGUGACUCGACCGCGAAACGUUUGGCGUCGACAUUCUCAGAAGCUGGUCACUCGAAUGUAGAGGUGUUUCAGCAGCGCAAUGUCGAAGCAGUGCGACGCUCUGACAUUGUAUUGCUGUGUACCAAGCCCCAGCGUGUGUCUGAGUUUAUGAGCGAGCCAGGCAUGAAGGAGGCGCUAGAGAACAAGAUUCUCGUAAGUAUUGCAGCUGGCACGACGAUCAACACGAUCCAAAAGGUGGUGCCGCCAUCGACCAAGGUGGUGCGUGCGAUGCCCAACACGCCGUGCCGUAUUCGAGAGGGCAUGACAGUGAUCUCUGAUGUGACAUGGCUUACGCACCUGGAGCGAGAUUUGAUCGCCACGAUCUUCUCCGCGGUGGGUAAAUGCAACUUUUUGGAUGAAAAGUACUUUGACGCGGCCACAGCCCUCGCCGGCUCAGGUCCAGCGUUUGUGACGCUGUUCCUCGAGGCCAUGACCGACGGCGGCGUCAUGAUGGGUCUUCCGCGUGCUGAGGCGCUUGAAUUGGCUGCGCAGACGAUGCAGGGUGCAGCGCGUAUGGUGCUCGAAUCUGGCACGCACCCUGCAGCGAUCAAAGACAGUGUCACGACGCCUGGUGGAUGCACGAUUGCUGGGCUUUUACAGAUGGAAGAUGGCCGUGUGAGGUCGACGGUAGCACGUACGAUCCAGACUGCAGCCGAGCACGCUGCUGGUCUUGGCAAAAGCAGUUAG